AUGGGAACCUCAACCUUUGGGGUGACAUUUGGUGUUGGAGUAGGAGUGCGUUUCUGCGCUUGGUUUUCUUGGCUUCCCGUUCAACAAUUUGGUGUUCAUGGGAAUUCAAGCAUCUCUCCAAGAUGGUGGAGUGGAUGGUGUCGUACGGUAACCUGUAGUUGCCUAAUAUUUGGCAACCUCAUCCCAGCUUGCCGAUUGGUAGCCUGGAUUGAUUUGGAGCUUCCUCUUUAUUAG